GACAUGAAGUAAAAACGCAACUCUUUCCUUAGUCCACGUCUUACUUAAUGGUGCAAAAGAUCCAAACUUUUUCCAUUCUUCACCAAAUUUUUCUCUGUAUUUAUACAACUCAUUUAAUUCACAUAUAAAUAAACUCACUUUCCAUUUUCUCCAAAGCUUCUUGAUUUUUCUCAGAAGGAGUAGCAGCUGUUUUUGUUAGUACUAUUUUGGCGCUUUUUUUGGAUUCAUUUGAAAGGGAAGUUUGAAUUGUGGUGAUUAUUCUGAAGGGCAAACGUUAAAGAAUUUUCUAUGCUUUAGAUGCGGUCAAAGAAAAUGUCCACGGCUGUCAAGGAUGAGAAGAAAAUGACUGUUGAUGUGGCAGCAUGGGCAUUCAAUAUUGUCACUUCAGUUGGAAUUAUUAUUGUUAAUAAAGCCUUAAUGGCUACAUAUGGUUUCAGCUUUGCGACAACCUUAACUGGUCUACAUUUUGCCACGACGACAUUGAUGACCUUUUUCCUUAAAUGGCUUGGGCAUAUCCAGAAUUCCCAACUUCCCUGGUCUGAACGAUUGAAAUUUGUAUUGUUUGCAAACUUCUCUAUUGUCGGAAUGAAUGUUAGUUUGAUGUGGAACUCCGUCGGAUUCUAUCAGAUUGCAAAGCUAAGUAUGAUACCAGUGUCGUGCUUUCUGGAAAUUGUGCUGGACAAUGUGCGAUACUCAAGGGACACCAAAUUAAGCAUUUUGCUGGUCCUACUAGGUGUUGCAAUCUGUACUGUUACUGAUGUUAGUGUAAAUGCAAAGGGUUUUAUUGCUGCCUUCAUUGCCGUCUGGAGCACUGCCCUACAGCAAUAUUAUGUACAUUUUCUUCAGCGUAAAUAUUCACUGGGAUCAUUCAACCUGUUGGGGCAUACUGCACCAAUACAGGCGACAUCACUGCUGUUAACGGGACCCCUUGUAGACUACUGGUUGACUGAGAAGAGGGUCGAUGCCUAUAACUAUACCUCAAUAUCACUAUUUUUCAUCAUCCUAUCAUGUACAAUAGCGAUAGGGACAAACCUCAGCCAAUUCAUCUGCAUUGGUAGAUUUACAGCAGUGACAUUUCAAGUGCUUGGUCAUAUGAAGACAAUUCUUGUCCUGAUUUUGGGUUUCCUCUUCUUCGGGAAAGAGGGACUCAAUCUACAUGUUGUCUUCGGAAUGUCUAUAGCAAUCGUUGGCAUGAUAUGGUAUGGUAAUGCUUCCUCACAACCCGGUGGAAAAGAGCGGUUACCACCUCCAUCUACCAUCAAACCUGAAAAACAAAAUCGCUUACUAGCAACUGAGCUCGACGAGAAAGUAUAGUGAGUCAUUUCCAAGAAAUCAAGCAGAGUAAUUGACAAUUUCUUAUUUCUUUUCUGCCAUAUAGUCAAAAAGUGUUUAAUUCAACCAUAUGAUUUGAUCUUUCACCAUCUAAUAUCUUUUUUCUUUUUGACAGUGAGCUUUUCAUUUCAUUUUCGUUUUCCCUUUCCCCCCCUUCUAAUUUAUGUUGAAAUUCGCAUGUUAAGACUGCAAACACAAUGUGAUUUGAUCAUUACUUAAAGCAAUUUUCCUUUGAUCAGUAUGGUUUGAA